AUGCAAAGCUCAAAGACUCCUGCAAACAAGUCGGAACCGGUCUCCGGGCUAAUGAAAAAGUACAAACGCACGAAGAUGGAGAAAAACAAAGGACAAGAGGAGUUAAGACGGGUUAAGAGGAGGUUAAGAGGAGACAAGACCAGGACAAGACCAGGACAAGAGGAGGACAAGAAAGAGGAGAGUCUGGGCAGCAGGGAGACGGGGAGGCAGGUCCGAAAAAUUACGAAGCGAGGGCCAAGACCAAGAUCGAGCGCGAGACCCAGCCAGAGAGGAGCAUGGCGUCUUGGACAAGACUUUUCGCUGGCGAAUGAGAAGGGAGGAGGCAGCACGAUUGCUUAUUUUUCUGGGGCCUGGGAUGGAGAGGAGAGGAGAGGAAGUGAAGGUCAAGACCGGAGACGGCUCGCCGCUCUCAGUCUCGGUCGGAACCACGCAGCCUGGCUUGGCAGAUCCUCUCUCUGUCGGAAGUCGCCUCCCAGCGAACACCCAGGCCGCGCCCAGUCGAAGCUGAGUGACGUAUCUCCGAGGCCCAUGCAGCACACCAUGUUUAUGGCGAUCCAGAUCAUUAUGCAAUCCCCUCGUGCAGUUCCGGGUUCCUGAAAUCGGCGUGCCACAUGGAGCUACACAUGUUACCGAUCUGUCAUCUCCCUACCAGUCUGAAGUUCUGGGCUGGC